AAAGAAUUUUGGGAAAAGGAGGUCAAGGACCUGUGGACAGAACUGUCCACAGCAAUUACAGGAACAAAUGCUAAUGAUACCUCAAAUGGAUGUGGGACAAUGGAUGAUGUCAGUGCCACUGGCACUGGUGGCAGAUCUGCCACCAACCCUGAAAGGAAGGCAUGCAAUUAUUUGCAUGCCGGCUUAAAAAAACUGUAUGAUAUGACGACGGGGUCGUCGACCACGUCGACGACGUCGUCGUCAGGCGACGAGAAAAUCCUGGAUAAGAACCCACUGUUGAAACAAACAGUGGGUUGUUUAUUACUUCACGCUUAUGCAAAACAAAUGAAGAGCGACGCUAAAUGUUUAGUGGAAUCAGGAAUAAAAAAAGCUUUCGAGAAGGCAGGUACUUGCAAUAGUGUUGGUUCCAGUCGCACGGAACCUUGUGUUCCGUGCGAAUGGAAUGAAGAAAUCCUUACUACUUGCCAAAUUACCUUAAAUGGCACAGAACAAACGCCAGUAAAGGAGAAGUUAACACAUGUUCAGGAGAAAAUUAACACCACCUCAUCUUCCACCACUAAGAACAACAUAAACCUAACCCCAUCUUUAUGUGACCAACUCCAAUGUGCUGCCCCCAAGUGGUUCGAAAACCAAAACAAACAAGUGCAGAGUGGUGGUGCUACUACUAACAAGACUUGGUGUGACUUCUGGAAUGAUGGCGUCAAAAAAUCAUUGCAAGCGAUGUUCAACGACAUCGCCACAGAAGGAAAGAACAACCCAACGUCAAUGACUAUUGCCCCAACAUGUAAAAACUUUGGGGAUGGUAAUGAUGAUAGUGUUGAAAGAAAAGCUUGUAAUCAUAUCGCGGCAGGACUACAACACAUUAAAGGCAUUACAGGUAGUAGUAAUGGUGUUGUACAGUCUAAUGAUCAAUACAAGCACCUGCUCGCUCGAGCAGCUGCUUGUAUUGCUCUUAACAUGUACGCUGAUCAAAUAAGAGAAAAGUCGAAGGAUAAAUGCCCCAUUGAUGAAUCUAAAAUACAAAGAAUGUUUAAUUUUUGGAAUGCAAUUAAUAAUAAUUCGUGCUUGACCUCUGCUAGUCGUGCUAAUAAUAAAGAUUGUUUUGUUUGUAAAAGGCUUCAAGGCUCAGAUUUUGCUGAUUGCAAACUAAGUGUUUCCAACACUUUGGUUGAUACAACAUCAUCACCACAAAGUGGAACUUGCAAUAAUGACUCAACUAAAGUGACGAUUCAAGUUGACGGUCUCCUCAAGAAGGACGACAAAUCCAUCCCCGAAGUGAAUAAAACAUUAUCCACCAUAAAUGAAAUGAACACUUUCUGUUCUGAACUCCAAUGUGCAGCAAAACAAUACCACAAAAAUAAGCAUAAUGGUGGGCAGUUCAAAACGACGCUAUCAUGGGAUGAAAUAAGUGGUGUCGUUGAUGAGCAAUUAAAGAAACUUCUAGAAGAUAUUACGAAUGAAGGGAAAUGGAAUGAUGUUUCCACAUACUGCGACAAAGUCGGUUUGCUGACCGACAACGACGGAGAAAAAAGAGCAAAGCAAAAAGCUUGUAAGCUUUUUGCUUUAGGUUUAAAACACAUUUCUUCAAUUACUGAAGACAAGAGCAAGGCUGAUGGACCACUUAAAAGAACUAUGAUGUGCGCAGCACUUAAUCUUUAUGCUGAUCAAUUAAUAGAAAAAUCAACAAAACAAUGUCCCUUAGAUGAUAAGAAAUUGGGAGAAGCAAUAGAUCACGCUUUUGAUAAUAGUAAAACCAUUAUGAAUGGAGGAACUUCAUGCAAAACUGGUAGUGGUACUAAUUCUUGUUUUAUUUGUCAAAGGCAACAUACUUUUCCUCCCUGCCAAAUUGGCAAAGACAAAAUAGGGGAGAAAAUGAACCAACUCAUCACAGACGACGACAACAACAAAACCAGCACCACCAACUCCAACACCAACAACACCACCCCUACCAUGGACAAAACACUAGAAGAAAUAAAUAAAAUCGAAACUUUCUGUACUCAAGUCCAAUGUGCUAUCAAACAAAAACUUAGGAGAAAAAAUAAACUUUCAAAUGGAACAGAACCAUCUUGGAAAAACAUAGAAGAAGACGCCACGAAGGAAUUAAAAGAACUUCUAGAAUAUAUGUCGCAGUCUAAAAAUCAGGAGAAAGUUAACCAAUACUGCAAAGACAACGAAGAUAAAUGGAAUAAAAUUGGCCAUAAGGAAGGCAGAACAAAUAAAGCAGCUUGUUUGCUUUUUGCUUCAGGGUUAAAACACAUUUAUACUCAUGAUAAUGGCCGUGUUAACGGCCGUGUUGACGGCCGUGUUAAUGGCCCAUCGUUUGGACAAACGAUGGGUUGUUUAUUUCUUAAAGAGUAUGCAAAACAAUUGCAAACAAUGGCAAAUGAGAAGAAAAAAGGACAUAGUUGGGUACAUCCUCUUUGUGACAUAGAGGAUGGUAUAACAUAUGCUUUUGGUAAAAGUGGUGACAUUAUGAAUGCACCAUCCCAAUGCAACAAGGAUGUUCCUAAUUCCUGUUUUGAAUGCAAAUGGGACAAAAACGAUUAUGAUAAUUGCUCUAUUGGCACUGAAGAAGUAAAUUCCAAAGUUAAACCACUACUCCAAUCAAACGAAAACCAUAUGCAACAAACUUUAGAGAAUACAGUCUGUCCCAUCCUUCUUACGGAUCUCCUUACCCCUUUUCUUCCUUUGGCUCCUGUCUCUAUUGGUCUCUCUGCUAUGGCUUAUUACCUUUGGAAGUAUUUUGGUCCUCUUGGUAAAGGGGGACCACGUUUCAGAAGAUCUCCUACUGAAAUUCCUGGUCCAUCAGUACAGGAACAAGUCCACGAUCAUGUGGAUGAAGCUGGUCCACAUGAAUAUCGAUUGGUUAAAGAACGAAAACCUCGUUCUGCUCCAACGAGAACAAAACGUUCUGGUCCCGUGAAUCGCCGCACGAUUAUUGAAAUUCAUUUUGAAGUGUUGGAUGAAUGUCAAAAAGGGGACACACAAUUUAACCAGAAGGAUUUUCUGGAACUUUUGGUUGAAGAAUUCAUGGGAUCGGAAUUUAUGGAAGUAGAACAGUUUCCUAAGGAAAAUGUUCUUAUGGAAGGUGUUCCUAUGGAAAGUGUUCCAAUGGAACUUGUUCCUAUAGAAGAGGUUCCAAGUUUAGGUUCCGGGUUACUGGUUUAA